AUGGGUGAGAGACUGAGUGGUACCGUCAAGUGGUUCAAUGACCAGAAGGGGUUCGGCUUUAUCACCCCCAACGAUGGCGGCGACGAUCUGUUCGUCCACCAGUCCUCGAUCCGAACGGAGGGGUUUAGGACCCUCGGCGAUGGCGAGUCGGUUGAGUUCCAGAUCGAAUCUGACAGCGAUGGCCGCACCAAGGCCGUUGAUGUGACUGGACCGGGGGAGGGUCCCGUUCAGGGAAGCCGUGGUGGUGGCGGUGGUGGUGGUAGAGGCCGAGGUGGCGGCGGGGGGGGUUAUGGGUUUAACGGUGGAGGUGGAAGAGGCGGAGGCGGUAGAGGUGGGAGAGGAGGCGGUGGCUAUGGAGGUGGUGGAUACGGCGGUGGCGCAGGUGGAUAUGGCGGUGGCGGUGGAUAUGGCGGAGGAGGCGGUGGUGGCGCCUGUUUCAAGUGCGGCGAGUCUGGCCAUAUGGCUAGGGACUGCGAGCAGGGUGGAUCCGGCGGCGGUUAUGGCGGUGGAGGCGGCUAUUCAGGUGGUGGUCGCGGAGGCGGUGGUGGUUCUUCCGGUGGCUGCUACGGAUGCGGUGAAUCUGGCCAUUUCGCAAGGGAGUGCCCUAACAGGUCUUAG